GACGUCUGGCCACUCAAUACAAACCGAAACUAGCUGUCUGCAGAUAUGGCGACGCCCAUUUUGCGCAGCAGUUAUGUUGCACUUUUCAUCGGAAGAAGCAUAGCGCGACAGUCUUCACGAUGCAUAUCUCACAAGCGAGUAUUAGAGAGAACACUUCGCUUUGGCGUUCCCAUAAGUAUUGUUGCGUCCGCUUCAAUGGCUGCUUACCUGCUAGUGAGCAAACGACCCCUUACUGUGUUGGCCAAAAGACCGACCAAAGAAGUGAGGGAUGCUGCGAUUCGAGAGGAUCAUGAAGAAGCCGAACACGCGAUGCAUUUGACUCAGCGUGAACGACGAUUCAUUCGGUUUGCCUCGGUUGAGUACGAGGGCCAACUUUACAUGACCCCCGAAGACUUUCUUGAAUCACUGACCGAGUCGGAACCAAGACCCCGAUUGCACAGGCAUCACCUGUCCAAGAAAGAGCUCGAGCACAUGCUUGACCAAACACCCGCAAGAAAGUACGGAUCUACAAAGCUUUUCAGAGACCUGAGGGAGCGCGGAAUCAUAUCAUACACAGAGUACCUCUUCCUGCUGUCCGUAUUGACAAAGCCUCAGUCUGGAUUUAGAAUUGCUUUCAACAUGUUUGACACGGAUGGCAACCAGAGGGUUGAUAAGCAAGAGUUUCUGGUGGUCCUGCAAAUCCUUGUAGCAGCACUUUUUUUCAAAAAGUCUGGAAAGCUCGGAAUUUUUGCAGAUGUUCCUCCGGAUAUUCUUGAAAAGAUAUUUAGCACUGUCGCACGACGUGGAAAGAGGCUCACAGGAAAUACAGAUGUGCCUGAGCUGGAGAACAGUGAAAGCAAAGAUUACAACAUAGUAGACACAACAUUGCUUGUGCACUUGUUUGGAAAGAAAGGCUCGGACACGCUUAAAUACGACGACUUUCACAGGUUUAUGGAUAACCUUCAAACAGAAGUGCUGGAGCUAGAGUUCACAGAAUUCUCGAGAGGGAUGCCGACCAUCUCGGAGGUGGACUUUGCACGCAUCCUACUUCGCUACACGUACAUCCACAGUGCCAACUAUGAGGCAUACAUUGACAGGGUUAAGGACCGUAUCCCUGAGGAGAAGGGCAUCACCUUUGACCAGUUCAAAGCCUUUUGCCAGUUCUUGAACAACUUGGAUGACUUUUCAAUUGCCAUGAGGAUGUUUACAUAUGCAAAUAAGCCAAUAUCACAAGAGGAGUUCCACAGAGCAGUCAAGAUCUGCACUGGUCAUAACCUGGAUCCCUACCUCGUGGACACAGUGUUCCAGAUAUUUGAUGCAGACGGUGAUGGAUUCCUUUCGUACAAAGAAUUUAUCGCCAUUAUGAGAGACCGCCUCCAUCGUGGGUUGAGGCGCAAGCCUUUCACAUUAUCUCAUCUAAUAUCAACAGAAGGCUGGGAUGCAUUCAAGCUGUGCAUUAAAGAAGAAAUUCGGAGCCACUAGAAACUUGUUCUGCUGUUAUAUUGUUAAAUAAUGUAUGGACAUCAUCCGUAUGCAUUGCAUAUUUAUGAAUUUUGGCUUACCUGCCACUCUGUUGCUUUGACCCUUAUUUAAUUGUGCUACAAAUAAAAGCGUUGCUGUGACUUA